AAGUCGGUCAUUGAUAACGCUCAGCCGAUAUGACAUACAUCCCACCGUGAGCAGCUCAGUCAGUUUGCUCGGUAACAGAGGUCAGGCGUAGAACUCCGAAGAACUGGGUCAUGAUAAUACAGCCAGGAUGAGUUCAACCGAAGAUAUUAUCAUGGCGAUUCCCAGAGAGCUCACACAAAACCCACUGCGGAAAAUAUGGAUGCCAUGCAAGAACGGACUACCGGAAAAACACAUUUCUCAAAAGAGAGUUUGCAUGACCAACUGUCCCACUCUCAUUGUGACGGUGGGCUUGCCAGCGAGAGGAAAAACCUACAUCUCUAAAAAACUCACACGCUACCUCAACUGGAUUGGUGUACCAACAAAAGAAUUCAAUGUGGGACAGUAUAGGAGGGAGUGUGUGAAAAUCUACAAGAGCUUUGAAUUCUUUCCUGAUAAUGAGGAAGGGCUGAAGAUAAGAAAGCACUGUGCUUUGGCAGCACUUAAUGAUGUCAGACAGUACCUCAGUGUUGAGGGCGGCCAGGUUGCUGUGUUUGAUGCCACAAACACAACCAGAGAACGGAGGGCCACCAUCAUGAGAUUUGCAGAACAAAAUGGCUAUAAGGUGUUUUUUGUGGAGUCUUUGUGUGAAGACCCCAAAGUUAUUGCAGAGAACAUUGUGCAGGUGAAGUUGGGAAGUCCUGACUACACUGACUGUAACACUGAAGAAGCCAUCCAGGACUUUAUGAAGAGGAUCAAAUGCUAUGAGAACAGUUACCAGCCACUGGAUGAAAACCUAGACAGAGAGUUGUCAUACAUUAAGAUAAUGGACGUUGGUCAGCGGUAUUUGGUGAACCGCGUCCUCGACCAUAUUCAGAGCAGAAUCGUUUAUUACCUAAUGAACAUCCACAUCACACCACGCUCCAUCUACCUCUGUCGUCACGGAGAGAGCGACCUUAACGUCAGAGGUCGCAUCGGAGGGGAUUCAGGCCUGUCGCCCCGUGGUAAAGAGUUUGCUCAGGGUCUUGGGAGAUUUAUUCAGGAUCAGAAUAUAAAGGAUCUCAAGGUAUGGACGAGUCAGAUGAAGCGGACCAUUCAGACCGCUGAGGCGUUAGGUGUACCGUAUGAACAAUGGAAAGCGCUCAAUGAGAUUGAUGCUGGUGUGUGUGAGGAGAUGAUGUAUGAGGAGAUCCAGGAACAUUUUCCUCUGGAGUUUGCACUCAGAGACCAGGAUAAAUAUCGGUACCGCUACCCUAAAGGAGAGUCUUAUGAGGAUCUGGUCCAGCGGUUGGAGCCCGUCAUUAUGGAGCUUGAACGUCAGGAGAAUGUUUUGGUUAUUUGUCACCAGGCUGUUAUGCGUUGUCUGCUUGCUUACUUCCUGGACAAGAGUGCAGAAGAGCUUCCGUAUUUGAAAUGUCCUCUACACACAGUUCUGAAGCUUACUCCUGUGGCUUAUGGAUGUAAAGUGGAGUCAAUCUAUCUUAAUGUAGAAGCAGUGAACACUCACAGAGACAAACCUGAGAAUGUGGACAUCUCCCGUCUGGCAGAAGAGGCUCUUCUCACUGUUCCGGCCCACUAUUGACCUGUGACAUCCUGUUCAUCAGCAACACUCCAUCAGGCUGUUCCAUCCUUUUAUGUGACUCCUCUAAUUGGUUUCUACGUGUUUUGAAAACAUUAGGCGGAAAGUCAGUUAUGAGUCCUGAAGAUUGAGCAAUUUUAGGCCUCAGAUUUGUAUUUUCUCUCUUCUCAAUUGCCACAUAGGUGACUGGAAUCCAGUUAUUGAUUUAAUAACCCUAGUGUUGGGGUGCGAGUGUGCGUUCACCCGUGUAGGUCUGUGCUUGCAUUUGAGACUGGCUCAGAACAGGUUUGAAUGAGAUGCAAGUAUUCUUAAGAUUUUUGCUGGAAUUAUUAACGUUAUGUUUUGUAUGUGGGACUAAAUAAUUGGUGCAGGUGUGUGUCUUCACAUAAUGACUGUUUAAUGUUUGAUUUGCUUUCUGGCUUCACAUUUCUUUAGGCAAUAAUUUACAUCUCAGUCAUUCACACAGUGGAGUUUAACACUAAAUGAUAUUCAUAAAAACAGAGUACACAACUUGGUUUUAAAAAAUGACUCCAGAUUUAUAAGCGCACAUAAACUUUACUUUGUACAGUGUUGAAACCACCGGGAUGUUGCAGCUCCUAUCAGACUUGUGACACCUGAGCGUUUUAAAAAUGCUCAAAAUGUAGCAAGGAAUUUUCAAAUAUUACCUCUGUUAUGUUUCCUGCAAAAUAUAAUGUUUACAUUUUUAAAGCCUUGGUACAAUAUAGGCUCUUUUCUUUUCUUUUUUUCUUUUUUUUUUGCACAUUAAGCAUACUUAUUUUCUUUAAUAACUAUUUUGACUAAAAACAAUUUCUUAAAUCUCAGCUAUAUAUAUUUGAAAUUGAUUUGUGCUUAAUUUUUUUUUUACUCUACAGUCUAUAGUGUUUAUGGAGAUAAGGUGAUUGAAAUGUUUUCAUCUCAAUUAUUGUCAUGCUUAUAACCAGUACUGUUUUUUUUCUUUCUAUUGUUUAAAGAGAAUUUCUGAGAACCGAAUGUGAAGAGCUCUGUGAAUCUGUUAUUUAAUCUGUCCUGCAGGUCGCUGUGAUCGGUAGGGCUGAAUGCUAAUGUGUUUGAAGCUCAUGGUUCUCAAAUUUGACGCACAAUGUCACAUUUUCUCAUUAAAUCAAUCUGCCAUGUAA